AUGGUCAUUCACCACGAAGUAGCUGAAGACUCAGUAAGUGUGGACACCGCAAUGCUCGGCAUCCUCCCGCUUCCCGCUCUCUUCGCCCUCGCCGAGCAGUCCUUCUCUCUGAAAAAGCGCCGGCGUCCUUUCUCCUCUUCAUCUAUGUCCAACUCCUCCUUCUCAUCCCCCGAGUGCCUGUCGCCGCGACCGCCGUCCAAGGAGUUGCCGUCGGUCAGCCGCGUCUUCGCCGAGAAAACGGACCCCUGGACGCCUCUGUCUUGUUCUCUCAGAAAGUCGCCCCUUGCGGAAUCUGCGUACGACCCCAAAAAACAGCAGUCGUAUUUUAUUCAGUGCUUCACAACGCUAGGCUUGCUUGGAAGGGGCUCUUUUGGUGAAGUCUACAAAGUUAAAAAUAACCAAGAUGGCCGCCUGUGCGCAGUCAAACGCUCGCUCAACCGCUUCAAGGGCGACCGCGACCGGGACUGCAAGAUUAGGGAGGCUCGCAACCAAGAGAGAGUCUGCCCGCACCCUCACAUCCUCAACUUGGUGUCGGCGUGGGAGGAGGCCGGUCGCUUGUACAUCCAGACGGAACUUUGUCACACCAGUUUGCUCCUCCACGCCGCGAGUCAAACUCCGGGGAACGAUGAGUACAUGGCGUGGUCAUAUUUGUGCGACCUCCUGUCGGCGCUGGAUCACCUGCACUCUCGCCGUUUCGUUCACCUGGACGUGAAGCCCGCCAACAUGCUGGUCACCGACUCGGGGCGCCUCAAACUGGGCGACUUUGGGCUCCUGCUGGAGUUUGGAGAAAGCGGGUCAAAGAAGGUAAGAGAAGACGACCUCGGGGGAGAUCCCAGGUACAUGGCUCCAGAGCUUUUUCGGGGCGAGUACGGACCCGCAGCGGAUGUUUUCAGUUUGGGUGUUUCCAUUUUGGAGCUCGCGUGCAAUAUUGAAGUCCCCAACGGUGGAAAAGGCUGGCAGCAACUCAGACACGGGCGUCUCCCCGAGGUCGCCAAGGGGCUUUCAGCAGACCUCCAGAAAGUUCUCCAGAUGAUGCUGACUCCAGAGACUCGCGAGAGGCCGACAGUACCGGAACUUCUCACGCUUUCGUCAGUGCGCAAACGCAGGUGGAAGAGACUCGCUUACCUUUUGUUGGCGGAAACAAUUCUGACAUUGACCUUCUACUACAAGAUGGUACUCUGCUUCGGUCGGCGACUUUUCUCUUCACUUUACCUGCCGGUCUUCCGGACUGAGCUUGCGCCCUGCACGCCUUACAAAGAUGGCUGGGAACGGGAGGCCACGCUGUUUCUCCGAGACACCUCAGAAGCGCUCGCCAAGGAGGACUCGCCGAGAUUAGUAAAUUUGAAAAUCACGUCCUCUCCUCUUCGAAUUUCCCCGCUAUGCGGCAACCGGAGUCCUCACCUGGAUCCGUGUGACUGGUCGCCACCUUAUGAAGCCCGUGGACCCUCAAACGUCCACUCCAGUGAUUCCUCGACACACAGCACCCCUACUCACACUGGAUACAUUAGACGUUUGUCGCGCCGGAAACGCUCUGAUGACGGUUUGAACCAAUCCGGCUUCGGACCCAAAAAUCUGCUGUGUCUGUUUGAGGACAGCGUCGGGGAGGGACAGUCGUUCGAAAUAUAUUGA